UUUAAUAUUUUUUACCUGGUGAUUAUGCAACCCAGAUAUCACACUAUACAAAUUGAAAUCUCCUGUCCUAACCUCUUCAACCAGACGUUUGACGUUUAACCUAACCUAAAAACCGUACAUGUAUAAUUAGGAUUUAGACUAAUUAUGGCUGAUGAAAUCACUGGCACCCUUAAAGAAGCUCAUAUUGAGUCUCCGGAUGAUGUAGUUGACCCCUGGAAUGUGGUCAGUAAUUCAGAAAAGGGCGUUGAUUAUGAAAAACUGAUAAAGAAGUUUGGGAGUUCAAAAAUUGACGAUGAGCUUCUUAGUAGGUUUGAGAAGGUUACUGGAAAGCCAGUUCAUCAUUACUUGAGACGAGGAAUAUUUUUUUCUCAUCGUGAUAUGCAUACAAUAUUGAAUUUGUAUGAGAAUGGGAAGCCUUUUUACUUAUACACUGGGAGGGGGCCAUCAUCUUCCUCCAUGCAUUUAGGGCAUUUAAUUCCAUUCACUCUAUGUAAAUGGCUGCAGGAUGUUUUUAAUGUACCUUUAGUGAUUCAGUUGACUGAUGAUGAGAAGUGUUUGUGGAAGGAUAUCACAGCCGAGGAGGCUCAUCGGUUGGCUUAUGAGAAUGCCAAGGAUAUUAUUGCAAUUGGAUUUGAUUUGGAGAAGACUUUUAUAUUCUCUGAUAUUGACUAUAUUGGAAAUUCUUCGGACUUUUAUAAAAAUAUAAUCAAAAUUCAAAAAUGUGUAACCUAUAACCAAGUCAAAGGUAUAUUUGGAUUUGACGACAGCACAGUGAUAGGUAAAAUUGCAUUUCCGGCCAUACAGGCCACACCUUGCUUUUCCACAUCUUUUCCAAGCAUUUUUGGUACCAACAAAUUACCAUGCCUGAUACCAUGUGCAAUAGAUCAAGAUCCUUACUUUAGAAUGACUAGAGAUGUGGCUCCCAGAUUGGGAUUUUCAAAACCUGCCUUAUUGCAUUCCAUUUUUUUCCCGGCUUUGCAAGGUGCUAAAACGAAAAUGUCGGCGUCAGAUGCCAAUUCUACAAUAUACAUGAGUGAUACAGCAAAACAAAUAAAAAAUAAAGUUAACAAACAUGCAUUUUCUGGAGGGCAGACCACAAUUGAAGAACACAGAAAAUUAGGAGGAAAUUGUGAAAUUGACAUAUCCUAUCAAUAUCUAAAAUUCUUUUUGGAGGACGAUGAAAAAUUAAAGAAAAUCGGAAAGGAUUAUACCAGUGGCAAUCUGUUGACUGGAGAGUUGAAGAAACUUUUGAUAGAAACAAUUACUCCAGUUAUAACUAAUCAUCAGCAAAGGAGAGCUCAGGUUACAGAUGAGGUUCUAAAGCAAUUUAUGACGCCUAGGAAAUUAAAUUAUGAUUUUAAAUAGAUUAAUUGAUAAAGCUUAUUUAAUUUAUUUAUUUUAUAUUGAAAUAAAGCAUCUUUUU